GGCAGCUCAGAGUGGUCGACCAAAUCUUUCGCUGCGUGAUUAUUAGCGAUGAUUUUAUAGCUUUAUAUCAAGUAUUAGCUUUCUGUAUAUUAUAUAUAUUAUAUUUUAAUACAAUUUUCAAAUAUUUUAACACAUGCAGUUUGUUAACAGAAAAUGAAUUUGCGUCACAUCGUUGAUUUUGUACAAUGUGUAACAUUUAACUCUUGUUGCAUCGCAUAAGUUGGCCAACACCUAGCUACCAUAACUUAAGUUUUACCUGAUGCGUUACCUAGCAACACUGAGUUUCCAAAUGGAGAUGGAAGUAACAGGAAAUCUGACAAACUCUAAAAUGAACUGGCUGGUUCGUAAGGUUCCUCGAUAACUAUUCGACUUUGCAAAUGUGUCGUAGACCAAAUAUGGCUGUAGCAAAUGAAAAGCCGGUUCUGGAAGAGUGUGAAUUGAAACACAGCCUGCCACAAAUAUACAAGACCUUAUUGACAGCUUCAUGCAUGUCAUGUCCCAAUGACCCGAUACAGUUUCUGAAAAACGCUCUUAUGGCCUUUCAGGGACACGAUAAUCUCCAGGAUGUUGACUGGCACAAGUUCUUUGCUGAUGCAGAAGAGCACCCUGCAACAAUCUCUCUGACACGUAGGAAUGUGGACACUGUCUAUUUGGACCCAGAUGAACACAUGAUGUCUUUUUGUCUGUUUGAGAAGGCCUACUGCUUUUACAGGAAAAAAUUAACAAGGUCUUGCUUCAGGAGGUGGAGGAGGUUCACUCUGCAGAGUAAGAGAGAUACUAUAGAGCUGGCUCUGAAGAUGGACAUGACAAAGAAGCAUUAUGAGAGGAAAUGCCAGCAGGCUGCACUCACCAAAUGGUUAAAGUGGGUAAAAUUACACAAGGAGACACAGGCCGUUGCCAUAGAGAAACUUGAGAGACUUGUAAACGCUGGCCGUCUGAAGCGCAUCAUAGCUGCAUGGCGUAAUGUUGCAAAGGACUCAAAGAGAACAAAGGACUACUUUAAGAGGUUGGAAAAAGGGUUCAUAGAAAUCGGCGACAAAGUCCACCAGAUAGGAGAAGGAUGUGACGGACUCUCGGUGCUCCCCAGCAGCCUCUCACUUAAGAUCUUUCAGUAUUUAGAGUUGCAAGAUUGGCUGAAUUGUGCUGAGGUGUGUUGCACAUGGAAAGCUAUCAUCCAGUCAGGCACAUUGUGGAGUCAGAUCAACUUCUCUGUGGAGAAAGACUGGAUAACAGAGAGCACAAUGAAGCAGAUUCUGCAGAACUACCGCCCAUUUGUGAUUCAUCUCAACCUGCGUGGCUGCACAUCUCUUAAAUGGCCCAGCAUGAAAUGUAUCAGCGAAUGCAAAAAUCUCCAGGACCUCAAUUUGUCAGAGUGUCUCAGUGUGACAGAUAUGAUGGUUCAGAAAAUUGUCGAGGGCUGUACCUGUCUGCUCUACCUGAACCUUUCUUGCACACUGAUAACAAACAAAACUCUAAGAGAGCUGUCCAGAAACUGCCUCAACCUUCAAUACCUGAGUCUGGCCUACUGCUACAAAUUUUCAGAUAAAGGGUUUAUCUACCUGACCACAGGGAAGGGUUGCCACAAUCUCAUCCACCUCAACCUGUCCGGCUGCACUCAGAUGACUGUAAAUGGGUUCAGAUACAUUUCGGCUGGAUGCCCUUUACUCAAGGAGAUUGUAAUCAAUGACAUGCCCACGCUGUCGGAUAGCUGUGUUCUGGCACUAAUUGCCAGAUGUCGCUGUCUAUCUGCCAUUUCUCUGCUGGAUGCUCCUCAUCUUUCCGAUGUUUCCUUAAAAGCCAUCGCUGAAGUUGCGGCCAAACUAAAGACUUUUCAGACAGAGGGCAACAACCAACUAACAGAUAUCAGCUGGGAAGCCCUGUGCAGCAGCUCACAAGACCUCCGCAGACUCCACGCUGUAGAAUGCUGCAGAAUGACUGACGCCAGCCUCAAAUCUGUGGCCAGCCUCCAGAACCUGCACAACUUGGACAUCUCGCUUUGUGAUAAGGUGAGUGAUACCGGGAUCCAGUACCUGACUGAAGGCUCCUCAUGCACUAAACUCAGAGAACUGAAUGUCAGUUACUGCAGUCACAUCACUGACACAUCUGUUAUGAGGAUUGCACAAAGGUUGUGUAAGCUUUAUCAUCUCAACUUGAGUUUCUGUGUGGGUCUGACUGACAUGAGUCUGGAGUGGCUCAGUGGCAGCUCUAUCUGCUCUCUUGACAUCAGCGGUUGCAACAUCCAGGAUCAGGGGCUGGCAGCUCUUGAGCGGAUUCACUUAAAGAAGUUGUUUCUCGCCCAGUGUGUCUACGUCACAGAUAUUGGCAUCGAGAAGCUGUGCAAAAACAUGAGAGAUUUGGAACACGUGGAUGUGUCUCACUGUGUAGCUCUGUCAGACCCGGCCAUCAGAUCUAUUUCCUUUUACUGCAGAGGUCUAGUCACACUGCGGAUGUCAGGGUGUCUGAAGAUGACAGAUAUGGCAGUGCAGUAUCUGACAAGUGGUGCUCAGUACCUGCGAGAACUUGAUGUAAGUGGCUGUGUUCUUCUCACGGAUCGCAGUCUACGACUCUUAGAGAGGAUCUGUCCUCCACUCUGCUCCAUCACGAUGGCCUGCUGCAGUAGCAUCUCCAAAGUGGCCGCCUCAAAGCUUCAGCCACGUGUGGAGCACUGGGAGCACAGCAAUGAUAACUUUCCCUACUGGUUUGGAUACAACAUGGGCCACAUUGUGCAUCCAAUCACGAGACCCAUCAAGACCGAUGAGACCUGGGAAGUGCUGGAACAACACUCCGUGAUGACAAGAGCAGCAAGUACAGAGAGGAUAUAAACAGAUCUCAAUAAGUAAUGAUGUUGUAAAAAUAGGGCCCUAAGUAAUCACAGCAUCCAUCAUUUUGGGACAUGAUUUCAAAAUAUAUUAAGAGCAUCCUCAACAAACCAUUUUGCAUGAUACACUUGAGAUAAUCUACACAAAAUAAAUUGAAUGUUUAAAAAUCCCAAAUCACUGGUAAAUGCUGGGGUAAGCUGUUUUUUUGGUUACUUGGCAAAAGUUCCAUAACUUGAUGUGUCAAGAUCAGCAAAGCAUUUUUAGAGAUGCAGAGAAAAUGUUGCUAAUAGUUUAGCCUUCUGCUAACCGUAGCAAAAGGAUCACAGCAGCUGGCAAAUUCAAGUUCAUGUUUCUGUAGCUAGCUAGAGCCCCAACUCACAAGUGUGUCUUCCGAAAAGGAUUUACAGGCUCACCAAGUUUGCAAAGAAAACAGUCAUUUUCAUAGAACUGCAGCUAUAUAACGGCAUCUGUAAAAAAAAAAUUAAAAAAAUGUAAGUAUGCAUAUGCCCGUUGUCUGGUGGGAGGGGGACGUUUGCCUUUUCCAGAAAACCAGCUACCCUAGCUUUAUAAAAUUAGAUUGAGACUCACCUGUCUGAAUAACGUAGUAGCACUGUUACAAUGCCUCACUGACACAUAAUAUUUCAUCAGCUCCUGACAGUGGAAUCUCAUCUGCUUUUCUGUUUUGAGUUUAAUACAGUAGUUUCCAUUUUGCUUCUACAUAAAUUGUUUGACAUUGCAUUUGACCCUGCUAGGCUCCAGUGGGUUAAUAACUAAACCUUUGUGAUUUCAAUGUUGGACUUCUAUGUAACAGUUUUUCAUUUUCUUUAUUUCAGUUUAUAGUGAGCUGUAUGUUGCAGUUUUGGUCAUGAGAUGGUUCUCAGGUAGAGAAACUGCCUCAGCCUUAAAAUCUUAGUCCAGGUUGAGGACAAACUUGAUUUAAAGAUUAUAUUACAUUUAAAUUAAAUGUAUACACGAUAUAGCCAAGCUAUUUCCACAAGCACUAGAUAGUAUCUACCACUAAUUAUUUAUUGAAGUUGACACAAAUCCCCUCGUGGAUGCAAAAUUGUCCGGGCUUCAUGACCAUCAUUGGUAUCUAUUCAUGUAACAAAUUUUAUACUUUUAUAUCUAUGGCAGUACAAGGCACUUUAAAUUUGAACUCUCAGGUGUCGCUCAAAAUACAAGAUUUCAGAGGUUGUUAAAAUUGAUGUUAUGUGUUUAAUUUCUACUUGUUGUGAUAAGCAUUAGCUUGUCAAUACUGUGUCUAUACUCUUAGCGUUUGUCUUUUCCCUUUUCGGGAUAUUUAUAUUUAUGCUCCUCAAAUUAAAAAGCUGUUCCUUUUUACUACAGUCUUGCUGUAUCCUUCAUUUAUACAACACUUUCUUAUGGCAUUUCAGUUGGUUUUAUAU